UUUUAAAAGCAAUUCAUGGAAAAGCUCUGACAAAUACUCUUCCAGACCUCCCCGUGGCAUCCACGUGUCCGGCUCCGCAAUGAGCGGGUCCUGUCGCAGGUCGGCAGCAGCCGUUCUGGAGCAGGGAUAUGAAGACCCACAAUUCCAUCGUGCCCGUCUAGCUCUGCUGUCCACGAUUCAUGAAUAAGGACUCUACCUGAAGGAGUACCUCCGACCAGCACCCUCUCCCUAGUGCAUCAGAGUGGAGAUGGAGGCGUCCCUGGAGCGUGGCGAUCCUUGCUGUGAGAUGUGUUGGUGUUUGAGUUAUCCAGCUACCUUCCCUAGGGUGUAAUUCUACAGUCUUCUCUUUGUUUCCCGGGGCAAAGAAAAUGACUACAUCUCUAGUGCUGGUGUCCUUUGAAGAUGUGUCUGUGACCUUCACCUGGGAAGAAUGGCAGGACCUGGACGAUGCCCAAAGAACUAUGUACAAAGAUGUGAUGCUGGAGACCUACAGCAACCUGCUCUCCUUGGGAUACUGCAUUGUCAAACCUGAAGUGAUUGUCAAGUUGGAGCGAGGAAGAGAGCCAUGGGUAGCGAAAAGUCCCCGAAGGCUGAGCUUGCCAGCUGUCCAGAAAAUGGAUGACCAAAUUGAUGCUAGCCAGAAAAGUCCAAACAGAUACUCAUCACAAGUUGAAGCCGCAAACAACAACACAUCCAUUAAGGAGAGAGUUGAAUCUAAGUGCGAGGAAGAUGGGAAAGCUGGUGGAAGAUCAGCUGUCCUCAUUGAAGAGACAACUGUUACAGGAAAGAGAACUCUACAGAAAAAGUCUGCCCUCAAGGAGCAUCAAGAAGCGCACACUGAAGGAACAGACUCUGAAUGUACUGAAUAUAAAGAAAUGUUGAUUAGUAAGUCAGAGCUUGGGAUGAGUGAGAGGACACAGGCAGGGGCAGUGUCUUAUGCGUGUAACCUGCAUGAAAAAUCUUUUAGCUAUAAACCUAAACUUGCUCUCCAUCAUAAAACUCACACAGGGGGAAAGCCCCAUGAAUGCAAUAAAUGUGGAAAAACCUCUUGCCAGAAAUCCAGUCGUCAAAGAGCUCAUACACAAGAAAAACCCUUUAAAUGUACUGAAUGUGGGAAAAUCUUUAGCCAGAAGUCAGUACUUAGUGUACAUCAGAGAAUUCACACGGGGGAGAAACCCUUUGAAUGUACUGAAUGUGGGAAGACAUUCGGCCAGAAGUCACAUCUUAGUGUGCACCAGAGAACGCACACAGGAGAAAAGCCAUUUGAAUGCAACGAAUGUGGAAAAACAUUUGCCCAAAAGUCAGUCCUGACUGUACAUCAGAGAACUCACACCGGGGAAAAGCCCUAUGCGUGUAAUCAAUGUGGCAAGACUUUUUGCCAGAAAUCAGUCCUCACGAUCCAUCUCAGAACCCACACGGGUGAGAAACCAUACGAAUGUUACGAAUGUGGGAAGACCUUCUGCCGGAAGUCAAAACUCAGCAUGCACCAGAGAAUCCACACAGGGGAAAAGCCCUUUGUAUGUAAUCAAUGUGGGAAGACCUUCUACCAUAAGUCCGUUCUCAGCAUGCAUCAGAGAACUCACAAAAGGGAGAAGCCUUAUGAAUGUAGUGAGUGUGGGAAAACUUUUUACCAGAAGUCAGAUCUUAUGAUACAUCGGAGAAUUCACACAGGGGAAAAACCUUAUGAAUGUAAGGCAUGUGGAAAGAUUUUUUGCCAGAAGUCACACCUCAUCAAGCACCAGAGAAUCCACACAGGGGAAAGACCCUUUGAAUGUAAUGAGUGUGCGAAAACCUUCUCUCGGAAGUCCAGUCUCAGAAUGCAUCAGAGAACUCACACAGGGGAAAAACCAUAUAAGUGCGUCGAGUGUAGGAAAACCUUCUCCCAUAAGUCAGGCCUCACUAUACAUCAGAGAACUCACACAGGAGAAAAACCCUAUGAAUGUCCCGAAUGUGGGAAAACCUUUUGUCGUAAAUCAUUCCUUAACACGCAUCAGAGAACUCAUACAGGAGAAAAGCCCUAUCAGUGCAAUGAUUGUGGAAAAACCUUUGGUCAGAAAUCACACCUCAGGACACACCAGAGAACCCAUACGGGUGAGAAACCUUAUGGAUGUACUGAGUGUGGAAGAACUUUCGGCCAGAAGUCACACCUCCGAACACAUCAAAGGACUCAUGCAUAUGAAUAUCAAUAAUGUGAGACAGCUUACUGCAACAUGCCCUACCUCAUACAACCCACACAGGAAAGACCCAAUGAAUGUGAAAAAACGUUUUGUGCUAAGUCAGUGUCCAACAUAACAGACACACUGU